CCCCCCUCCUGACUGGAUAUCUCCCUCAGCUGUCUUGGCCUGAGGUAUCCCCCUCAGGCUGCCUGAUGAGUGUCCCAUUAAUUACCCCCCCAUUAAUCAGUUUCGGUUCAACCAAAGCCCAUCUCUGUUCAUUCACUGAGAGAGGACAUAGAAAGGCUCCCGACAUUAAAUAUUAGUUUAUUAUUUUAAUUCAUUAAGUGUCAGUACCAUGGUGUAGCACCUGCACGUGAUUUUAUUGUGUGUCCUCCUCCCACUGACAGCUCUGUUCAGGCAGGUUUUUAGUUCUCUGUGGGUUUAUCCCAAAUAUUUCCUUCCAACCAUCACUUGGUUCCCAUAAAAAAGCAGCAGCAGUUCUGUCUUUUGUCUGGCCUUUCCCAGGUUCCUGUCCCUGAACUGGGGGGAUCAUUUGGGGAUCCUGGGGGCUCAGUGGGUGAGGGCAUGGCCAGGGCUGGGGUUCCUGACCAGUUCUGGUUGGUUGGGGGGGCCACAGGAACCCUGCAGCUGCACCCCCUUGAUGGGGGAAUCAAAGCCUUCAUCUCUGCUGCUGGGCUGAGAUGGUCCCAGUCAAUCACAGAAUCCCAGACUGGUUUGACUGGGAGGGACAUUAAAUCCCAUCCAGCCCCACCCCUGCCAUGGCAGGGACACCUUCCACCAUCCCAGGCUGCUCCAAGCCCCGUCCAGCCUGGCCUUGGACACUGCCAGGGAUCCAGGGGCAGCCACAGCUGCUCUGGGCACCCUGUGCCAGGGCCUGCCCACCCUCCCAGCCAACAAUUCCUUCCCAAUAUCCCAUCCAGCCCUGCCCUCUGGCACUGGGAGCCAUUCCCUGUGUCCUGUCCCUCCAGGCCUUGUCCCCAGUCCCUCUCCAGCUCUCCUGGAGCCCCUUUAGGCCCUGCAAGGGGCUCUGAGCUCUCCCUGGAGCCUUCUCUUCUCCAGGUGAGCAGCCCCAGCUCUCCCAGCCUGGCUCCAGAGCAGAGGGGCUCCAGCCCUUGGAGCAGCUCCUGUAGAAAUGACCUCAGACUCCUCCAGCCCUCGUGAUGUCCGUGUCCUGCUCCAGUCUGGGUGCUCUGUUCCUGACAGUUCUGAGCUCCAGACUGCAGACUUGGAAAGAGAAGGCUCUUCCCUUCCAGAGAAGGGUCUGGAACUUUUUUGCCGGGACAUUUCCCCUUACCAAAAUCAGAUCUCUUGGGUGGGGGAGGCAGGUUUCCAGGAUGGUUUAGGCAGGUGGCACUGGCAAUUCCAGCUGUUCCAGGGAGUCUGGGAUCUCUGGGAUCUGAUGAAGGGAGAAGUCCUUACAAUGGGUGUAUGUGAGACUUUCUAAGGGAGGCACUGAGUGUUCAGAGUCCUCAGGCUGCUGCUGCCCCCAUGAUUCUCAUUCCCAGGAUGAAGCCCUUUCCCAGGGCAGCCUGUGGAGCUGCAGGGUGUGAGGGGAAAGUUUUCCAGCCAGAAGAGGGGAUGCUUUCCGUACAUUUACUUCUUUCAGCCCAUUAUCUGCCCCUGUCCCCCUCCUCCUGCUCUGGCUCGCUCUCCCCUCCCGGUGUUUCGGUGCUGAUGGGGUUGUACGUGCCAGUCCCCUUGAGGAUCCCAUUCCAGACACUCAUCCUCCUUUAGAAAACAUCCAAAGUCAAGGCCGUGCAUCCCUAGGAGCGAGUGCAACAGCUUCGAUUUUUGCACGUUUCCAAAACGAGCUGCAAACCCAAAAAUAGAACAAAAAAAAGUUUCUUUGCCACCUCCCUCGCUCCUCUGCAGCGCGACAGCCCCGGGGCGGCUCAGGGGAGGCGGUUGUGCCUCGGCCACUCAAGGCCACCCUGGUUAAAAGGGAGACGCCGUCCUCCCUCUUCCUGCCGAGGGCUUGGGAUGCGUGAGCUGCUCCAGGGAAGAGCCGAGGUGGGACCAUGAGCGCUCUCAGGGGGCUCCUGCUGUGCCUGGUGCUGCUGCUCCCCUCUGCAGCUCUGCCCAGGAAACGGGAAAGGGAUUCCCUGAUGGAGCUGAGUCUGCUGGAAGAGCUGGGGCUGGAAGCAGAAGGGAGAAAGGUGGGAAAUGGAAGUUUACAGGAGACACCCAGGUCCAGGAGGGCUGCUGCCACUCGCCUCUUCUCCAAGCCUGAGCCAGGAGCCGAGUGUCCCCAGGCUGAGGAGGGGGGCCCGGGCUGGUCCCGCUCUAGCCCGCAGCCCUGGCCCCUCGGGGGCCUGGAAGGGCCCGUGUGCAGGGUGAGGAUGGAGCAGGACGGGGCCACCCCGAGGCACCUGGAGGUGAUGGGUGUGCUCAGCCACUACGAGAGCAGCUUCAUCAAACUGCUGAGACGGCGCCGGAGCUGGGACGGGAACUUCCCGGGGACCUUCGGGCUGUGCCGGGCCGGGGAGGCGGCGGCUGCUCCCCAUCCCCUGCAGAGGAUCCACGAGCACGUGCUGGAGCCGGGGCGGGAGAGAUUCCUCGUCCUGCACCUGGAGGAAGUGCAGUGGGAAGCGCAGGUGAAGCUGCGGUUCCAGCUGGUUUUCCAGGCGGAGGUGGGACGGGCUCUGGGAGAGCUGCAGGCGGCCGUGAUGCUCUUCUACCUGGGCCGCCGGGAGGGCCGGGGCUCCGGGCCCCCGCAGGAGCUGCUGCUCACCGGCCCGGGGCUGGAGCGGGACCAGAGGCUCUGCCUCUCCAGGGACACGCAGUACCUGGCCCUGGCAGCCGCCGCAGCCUCGGUCACCCGCAGCGCGGAGCGGCUCCGCUUCUCGGCUUCCCUGGCCAUCCACGGCGGCGCGGGAGGUGCCCCCCUGCCCCGCACGGAGGUGCAGCAGCUCCUGUUCGGCUCUGAUGACAAAUGUUUCACCCGGAUGACCCCGGUGCUGCUGCUGCUGGCCAAGUCACGGCAGCAGGAGGAGGAAGAGGAGGAAGAGGACGCUUUGGCCCCAUCCUCCUACCAGUCUGCUGAGGGGGUGCUGGACAUGGCUCCGUACCCACAGCUCAGGUCCGUGGCUGUCGCUGCAGGCGCGGGAGAACACGGGGGCUGGGAGAUGAGCCCACCCCAGGCCGGGACCGAGGAGCUGCCGACCCCCACUGCCCCGAGCCAAGCCAACACUUCAUCCCCAGCGCCCGGGGGCAGCGCCCAGUUCCUGGCAAUCCUGACCCGCUUCAUCCGGCAGCUCCUGAGCUCCUCCAGCGAGCCGCCCCCCCAGCCCAGUGCCCACCACUGGCUGGACUUCGAGGCGAUGGAGACCCUCCCUCACCAGCUGCUCAACCUGUCGGAGGAGGCGGCGCUGGAGCGGCUGGUGCAGUCGGAGGAGCCCUCGGUGCUGCUGCUGGCCCAGGACAGCGGGGCCGUGCUGGAGCAGCACCUGGGGGACUGGCAGCCGGAGGGCACCGUGCUGCAGCUGCUGAUGGGCAAACUGCAGCUGGUCAUCCAGGAGCUCAGGGACAUCCCGGCUUUCCAAGCCAACGCGGUGCUUUUCCAGCACCUGCUGACCUUCUGCUAUUACCCAGCAGAGCCGGGGCAGGCCGAGGCGGCCGAGCGGGGCCCGGGUUCGCGGAAGCUCCGCACGCUGCUGCUGCUGAAGGCGCUGCAGUCGGUGCGGGCGCGCUGGCAGGAGCGCAGGAAGGUUCAGCGGCAGAACCGCAGCGCUCGGCACCAGGCGCACUGCCGGCUGCAGGAGCUCACCAUCGACCUCCGCGACCGCCACUUCAUCGUCAUGCCCACCGUGUACGCGGCCAACAACUGCGAGGGGCCCUGCCGGCUGCCGCUGUCCACGCGUGUCCCCAGCUACUUCUCGCACACGGUGCUGCUGCUGGGCAUGCAGGAGCGGGGCUCGCCGCUGCGCAGGGCUCCCUGCUGCGUGCCCGUGCGCUACUCAGACCAGCUCAUCAUCAGCCUCUCCUCGGACGGGCUGGAGAUCCGCAAGUUCCCCAACAUGGUGGCAGAGGAGUGCGGCUGCCGGUGAGGCUCCCGCCGGCCUCCCCGCUCGCCCCACCCCGGCCCCUCUCCCGGUUUGCCCUCCCGGCUCGGGAUCUGGUGCUUCUGGCCGAGACGGGAGCUCCCGUGUGUCCUUUCCCCACGGUUU